AUGUAAAUACUGUGACCGUUCAUUCAGCAUCUCCUCCAACCUCCAGCGACACGUUCGUAACAUUCACAACAAGGAAAAGCCUUUCAAGUGCCACCUUUGCAAUCGCUGCUUCGGUCAACAGACCAACCUGGACCGCCACUUAAAGAAACAUGAACACGAGAAUAUUCCAGUGAGUCAGCAGUCUGGGAUCCUCUCGAAUUUAGGAACAAAUAUUUCCUCACCGAACUCUGAGUCUGACAAUCAUGCACUUUUGGAUGAGAAGGAGGACUCGUAUUUCUCAGAGAUUAGGAACUUCAUCUCCAAUAGUGAGCUGAACCAGGCCUGUAGCUCCUCGGAGAAAAGGUCAGAGCUGACAGAGGAAGAGCAUCCUCAGAGUCACACUCACAUUGCCUCCAAACUGGAGGAGGAGGAAGAGGAGAUGGAGGGCGAUGAUGAAGACGAGGAAGGCUCGUUGACAGAGAAGUCUCAGGACGAGACGGCCUCUCCCGCCACUAUGGUGCAGGGCACUUACGACGAGGAUGAGGAGCCCACCCCUCUCCCUAUGUCUUACGAACACACGCGCAGGUGUAUUGAGGAGGAUGCAGGCCUAUUAGAUCUGGAACCUCUGGCUGGUUUCCCCAAAGGCCUGGAAUUCCAUAAGGCUGGCGAGGAGCCAUAUGACAUUAAAGACAUUUUUAGCCCCUCGGUAGAGUCGGAGGCGCUGAAAGAAACUCUUUUCAGGCAGGCUAAAACACAGGCUUAUGCAAUGAUGCUCUCUCUGUCUGAGAACGCCAAUCUGCAUUCAUCCUCCCAGAACUCCUUGGACGCCUGGCUCAACAUGGGAGGAGGGCCGUCGGAAACCAGCUCCUUUCACCCCCUCAACAACAUCUGAGAGCAAGAACAAGACAAAAGAGUGAUCAGAAGAGAUGGAGGGAGAAAGGAGGAGAUGGGAGGAGAGACCAACAUGAAGACCAGCAAUGCCACAGUUGAUGAACCACCACUAUGCGCAUAAGGAGGAGAACGUACUGUUAAGCGAUACAGACACAGGAACCAAUCAUAGAUGGGAGAGUUUUAUUACACAAGAAUGAAAUCAACCAAUCCCAGCCAUACAGCAUCUUUCCUGUCUGCAACUAGCAACUAUAGCGAGUUCUCUCCUCAGCAGCUGAAUCAAGAGGAUGCAUUCGAAAAAGACUCGAAAAUCACCUCAUUUUCAAUUAUAUGCAUUUCACUGAGACUGCUCUCAAGGGUGUUUUUUUUACCAUGUUCUCGGAGAAGCCCAAGCCGGGGUUGACUGGACAGGGUAGUUGAUGUGUUUCUUCAACUGGAGAUUUUAACCGUUUCUAUACAGCAUUCCAUUCUCAAGUUGAUUUUCUACAGCACUGUACCAAGGUUUCCUUUAUAGUAACUCACAGCCGAAGUCUUACAGUAGAUCAUUAGUGUAGACAUCAACAUUGAUUUCCAAUGGCAAUAGAAGCACUUAAGUCUAGCCCGCAACUAGCAUGCUAACUCUCCCCCAAGGCUGACCGAGUCUCUAAAAGUCUAUGCUGGAGGUCACCGGGUCAGAUAAAAGCGGUCAAAUCUUCAUAUGAUACAUCACGCAGCAUGGUUGCUCAUUUGUAUAGCAUCAUCGUCAUUGUAAUUAUUGUUGUUAUGGUAAGUAUUUGAGCUGUAUACAGGCCUUAGUCUCAACUAAACGUUUGUUUUUAAGAGUUAAAUUAUUCUCCAGUGGGGCAAUUGGAAAAAUGGUUUCUCCUUCUUCUUGAAUUCAGUAAUAUUAUGAUUUUUUUUUUGUUCCUUGGUAAACAGUAUUGUUUCUUUUUGAGCACACCUGUGCUCAAAUGUUAAUAUAAUUCUUUAGUGAAGGACCAAAUUUGUACAAUAUUGUUGUAUGAUAUACAAACUAAGUUAACAGUUGGUAGCAGAGAGUGUUGUGUGCCAAAUAACCCCCUUUUCUUUGACAAUCAUUUCUUUCCCAAGUGGUCGUCUCCACUGUUAGUAGUUUUUUUUUUUCUUCCUCUGUUGUUGCUACUUACAUUGAUGAGUGUUUGUCUUUUAUUUAUUUUUACUUAGAUUGUUUUUUUUUUUUUUAUUAAUGAAAAAAUGAAGAAAACAAUGUUUUACCCACUCUUUUGAAGGAAUGAAAUUACUGAAAUAUCAUGGAAAUUCUCAAAUGUUUAAGCUCUUUGUAGAAAAGAAAGUUGCCAAAAUUUGAAUUACAAAAGACUGUUUCCUUUAUGAGCACAUAAUCAUGAAGUCUUUUUCAACCAUUUAGAAAUGUAGGCACUGCGUGAUUUAAAAGAAAUAAUGUAAUUAAAAUAUCAGGUACCUCAAAUAGAGGGGCAUUAUAUUUUGACAUUUUUACACAUUUUAUCACUCAUAGUUAAACAUAUUCAUAAAAAAUGGGUCAACAGUAUAUCUCUGGGUUCAAAUUGCAUGUUUCUCAUGUCCCAUUAUUUUGUCAGCUGGUCCUAAAUAUCAUAUCAAAUUCGACAUAAUUCAAAUACUUAAUAUUGUUUGCAUACCAAAAAAAGACACCGCAAGUGAGAGGCUACAAUGGGAUUGUGAUUAAAUGGCGAGCGACAACAUUUAAUGUUCACAAGAGCGUAGAGGCCCAAAGACCACGAAUACACACACGACACGAGUCCUUAUCCAACUUCUCUGAACUGUGAAGCCAGCGAAUGAAUCGUAAACAGCUGAAUGCAUAUCAUGAAUGUGUAGAGUAGAUUUAAUAUGUAGGUUGAGUCAAACUUCAUAAAGUUAACUUCUCUUGAUUGAAUGUCUUUUUGGUCAGGAUUUCAUACCUUUACUUCCUCUCCACUUGUUUUUGGAUGUUAAAAAGACUCUACGUUCUCUGGAAUCAGCACUUAGAUCAACACACAACCCUGUCUGCCUAACACAUACUUUCCUUUACAUCUGAGCUCUUAACUUAGUACUGAUUUUAAUGACAUGUUUCCAAGCAAGGCUGGUUUUAACAAGCACUUUAACUCAUGGGUCAAACAGGCCAUUUUAUCAGAUGCUUUAGAAUAAAACAGCAUAGAAUAUCCAGUUUUUAACAUUUACGAAUGUUCAGUUUUCACUGCGAACACAAACACAAGAUUGAUUCGGCUGGCCUUUCACAGGGAAUCUGCUUGAUAAUGCGCACUAUUAUCCUGUUUCAUACCGUAUCUCCUCACUAUAUAAUUUACUCAAAUCCUUGAGUAAAAAGCCUGUGGGAUGCAUAAGAUUUCUAGGGAUGUAAUGGAAUUAUGAGUAUGAAGUCAUGUCACAUACUACUGUACUUAGCGAGCGCUGUAGGUGAAGAAAUUGACCCACACUGUUAAAAUCAUCAUGAAAAUGGUCAACAAAUUAGCAAUGCAGAUCUUCUUGGGCCACUGUUACGUUACAAACAAACAUUUCAAAAUCCAUAAAUAAUGUGGUUUCUCGAAAAAAAAAAAAAAAAAAAGUGUAUAGUAUUUCGAAAAAAUAACAUUGAUAUGUCCGAAAGUUCAUUUUAAACAUGGGUUUGAAAAUAGAUGGUGCUCGUUUCAUUUGGAUAUGAGUUGUAUAUUGCUUCUGUUAUGUUUAUUAAAAAAAUAUUGUGCAUGACUUGUGUUUUAGAGGUCAUAAUGGUGUCCAUUUGUGAAAUGUGUAUCUUAAAUUAAAAAGUAAAAAAUAAUAAUAAAAAAAAAACAAUGAAUUUGUAGAUGCACUUAUUGUACAUGUGGUUAGGUUAGUAGGUUUGACUUUAAGUCCUGUUUACUGCCUUAAAUACUAUGGGCAGAUGGUUAUUGAACUGAACAAUAUGCUUGUGGGAGAGAAAUAAUGACAAAAUUUAAGGAUUGUAGAAUAAUACUGAAAAUUCUGAAAUUCUGAAGUUCUUUUUUGAUGCUUGUGAUUACUGAAGAUGUACUUUAGGGCAAUUUCAUGGAAAAGACAUGAUUCUGAUGUUAAUUCUGUAGAAUAGAUAUGUAUACCAAAUGUAAUCUUUCCAAUGCUAUGAAGAAUUUAUACAUGAAAUUGAUAUGCAAUAAAAACCUGUGUGCUUUUUA